AGAGCACAGACCACAGCUUGAGCAACUGGCACCUGGUACUAUGGGACUACCUCCUCCUUCCCCAGGCUGAACCGUCAAAUCGCCGUCAAUUCAAACCUCGCGGUAAAACAGCCACCAUCGAAAGAAUUCAGUUAGUGGUAACGCUGACCGCGAUACGCUCGUUACUUCUCUAAUUCCUAAUUACGCCUUUCAGCCAAUCUUUACCCGCCCACCCGGCACAGUAUCGCAGCCUAGAUGAAGCUCGGACACAGUCCACAUCAUGGCCAGUAGACAAGUUCAGUUGGCCCGAUGGCUUGCCAGUUUCAUAGCUCUGAUAUGGCCGCACUUAACUGUCGUUAAUCUCCUUCGUCUGCUCUGGCUCAGCACUGUCUAUUACGACGAACGUCAUGUGUACAAGUCCGCAAUGGCAACCUGUGAUUGGGAUAACUGGGAGAACUGGGUAUACCCCUCGCCUUGCCCUCCCCAUUGCUAGCCACAAAACUAAAAGUGUUAGGGACCAGAAACUGUCCCCCACCGAGUGGUUCUGAUUGCCGACCCGCAGAUAAUAGACCGACACACAUACGCUCGUCGAGACAUCGCUCUCUCCGCAACUAUAUUCUACACCGACCUAUACAUGUCCCGCUCCUAUGACAGUAUAAUCAAUCACCUCAACCCCUCUACAGUUAUUUUUCUCGGCGAUCUUUUUGACGGGGGCCGGGAGUGGGAUUCGGAUCGGAUAGCGCAUCACCACACCGACGCCCUUAUUCCCGACGACCCGGCGGGAUUCCCGGAUUGGAAAGAGUUCAAGGAUGAAUAUUGGUUAUCCGAGCACGCUCGGUUCUCCCAAGUAUUCCCCUCUACUCCAUACCGGAAAACCGUGCAGUCUUUACCAGGAAACCACGAUAUCGGCGUAGGCAAUAGCAUUAAGGAAAGCGUCCUGGAGCGGUUCCGGCUAUUCUUCGGAGAAGGAAACAGUCUCCUGACUCUCGGGAACCACUCGAUUAUACUGCUAGACACGCCAUCUCUUUUGAAUGAUGUCAACCCAAGGAUCUAUAGCCCGCCGCGAGACUUCCUAGACUCGUUCCCAGACCUCCUCUCUCCUACUCCCCUUCAUCCUCACGUAAUUCAAGAUGCCUCACCUCUAACCCCACCCUCUCUCGCACAAGCCAGCCCAAAGCCCGUAAUCCUCCUCUCGCAUAUCCCCCUCCACCGCCCGCCUGACACCUCUUGUGGGCCUCACCGCCAAUCCCGGAACCCAAUCCGCAUCGGCAGCGGAUACCAGUACACCAACACUCUCCCAGAACCCCUCUCGCAAGAGAUCCUACACAAAACCGGCGCAAAGCAUGUAUUUUCCGGCGAUGACCAUGACGCAUGCACCGUCACCCACGAAUACGACGACGGAAAGCAGAAGGCGGAGGAAGUGACUGUUAGAACCUUCGCUUGGACAAUGGGUGUGCGCCAGCCGGGGUUCUUGAUGGUUAGCUUGCUGAAUGAUGGAUUGAGGAAUGGGAAGGAAACAGUGCUGGUUCACGAGUGUCUGCUGCCGGACCAGAUCGGGAUUUAUCUGGGGUAUGUGGAAUUGCUUGUCCAGACUUUAAUCAUUGUCCUUUUGAAUAUUGCCAGGAGGAGGGGUGCGCUCUGGUGGUGGUGCCGGUGCUUGAAACCGGGGGGGGGUAGGGAUGAGGAUAGGGGGAGACAAGAAGGAUUGUUGGGAAUUAUCCCAGGAGAGAAAAAUACCGAGAUGGAGGAGGGUGCGGGGAAGAAGCGCAACAGGCAGUGCUCCGGGGAGUUUUGGGGGGAGCUAAGGGACCUGGUGAUUGUGGUUGUUCCGUUUUACUUGACUUUGCUGGCGCUAUGGUAGACAAAUACGAGGGGAGAAUACCGUAGAGGGUUCACCAGCGGACUUUGGUUAUUGUUUUACGCUCUUGGAUCUGUAUUUCGCUUCUUCCUCUACUUCUAGUUAAUGUUUGUGAUACCCAUAUUCUUCAACUUUCCUUUCAUCCCAAAUCAACCCAUAGUUAGGCAUUCGUCCGAUCCCUGAGUAAUCAUAGUCUUUGUCAACCAUAGAUAUUGAAGCAUCAGCUAUCACUCGA